UUGGCCCUCGAAGCAGCAUAUUUCUCUGACAGAGCUUUCCAGUGAACAGUUAAUGUCUCUGUGUUGGCCGUCCUUUUUUCUCUUCUCCUCCCACACAGACAAACCAAUACAAACAUUUCUGUACAGUGAGGAGUCCAGUCAGGUUGCAUACGGGGACACUACACGGACAGUUUAAACGCGGAGAGAUGGCACACACCAACAGCCAAAGUUUCCCUGAGAUAGUGGAGUUAAACGUAGGUGGCCAGGUGUAUGUGACCCGUCUGGAGACUCUCACAGCGGCGCCAAACUCUCUCCUCUGGACCAAAUUCACCCAGAGCUCCCCGGGCGAGCUGCCAAAAGACAGCAAGGGCCGCUUCUUCUUCGACCGGGACGGCUUUCUCUUCCGCUAUAUUCUGGACUACUUGCGGGACUCGGAGCUUUUCCUGCCCGAGUUUUUCAAAGAAAAGAAAAGGCUGCAGAAAGAAGCGGACUAUUUCAAGCUACCGGAGCUGUCGAGGCUCCUGGCUGCGGGUAGCAAAGACAGCUCGGAUGACAGCGGGGAGUCGGAGGAGGCUGAGCUGCUCUCCAGCCCGGUCACCUCCACCUCCUCCUCGGACCGGACCCCUCGCUCUCCGGGGCCGGCGGCCAACUCUGGCUUCAUCACUAUUGGGUACAGAGGCAGCUACACUAUCGGGAGAGACAUCCAGGCGGACGCCAAAUUCCGCAGGGUGGCAAGAAUAACCGUGUGCAGCAAGAUUUCUCUGGCUAAAGAGGUGUUUGGAGACACCCUGAACGAGAGUCGAGACCCGGACCGUCCUCCUGAUAGAUACACUGCCAGGUACUACCUCAAGUAUAACUUUCUGGAGCAGGCGUUUGACCGGCUGGCAGACGCUGGUUUCCACAUGGUGGCCUGUAACUCCACUGGGACUUGCUCGUAUGCCAGUAACGACCCAGGAGAGGACAAACUGUGGACCAGUUACACCGAGUACGUUUUCUACCGAUGAAAUGGACUGAGAGCACAAGAGUAUACUCAUUAACCACUAAAUUUAACUCAGUUUAAAUAGCUCAUACACUCGUAAACUUAAGACUGGCAGUUUUACAAUGACGCAGUUUUUCUGUGUGUUUUUUGGUCACUGGGAUGUGGAGGUAACCAGACUCACUUUUCAGCCAUUUCUCCUCAAAUUCUUUAAGAAGACUUCCUCCAAACUCAAAUCUUAUUGGUCAGACUGCUGAAAUAUGACACUGUUUUUUUGAGUAAUCUCUAUUUCCUUUAAUUGCUUCCAUGGUUAAGGUUACAUUAAAUUACAGCAGUAAAUUAUAAGGGAAGCAGAGGUGUUAGGAUCUGGUUCAUUUGAUCCUGUCUUAGUUGUACCUGCAUUGUCAUGUGUUUUUGUAGCACGGCUUUUGGUAUUCUGAGCACAUUAACUUGGGCAUGUGUACUGUAAAUAGCCUUAUGUUUGGUAACUGGCUUUCUCCUGCCACAGUAACUCUGGGGAUUAUUGGAUAAUGAAGACAGUCUUUGUGUAAUCCUUAUUUUGUUUGUUCGUUUAAUUUGAUUAACAGAUCACGCAUUUAAGUGCCACAUCGAGCUUUAAAGAUUACAAUGAAUGCAACAUUGUUUUGUGCCAUUUAUGACCUCUUGUCAUUGUUCUCUCUCUAAAGCUGCAGCAAAUAAAGUGUGACAUUGACUAAAACUA